AGCUGUUUUCCCCCCAGAUUGUCAGACCAGUGCUGUCCCAGUCCAAGUACAAGAAUCUCCUCCCUCUCUUCGUGGCGCGCAAUAUCCUCCUGGUGAGCCCCGAAGUGAAGGUGAAGGAGAUGCUGCGGGUGCUGAAGGGAGUGCCCCAGGUCAACCUUCUGGGCGCCUGCAUCGACGACACCAUCCUGAGCAAGCGGGGAGUGGAGAACUUCGCCAAGCUGCCCUCGCUGGAGGUCACCCAGGGGCAGACGGUGGGUGCCCUGGCCCUCCUGCCCUCCCAGACGUCCUCCCUGCUCCAGCGCGGCUCCGCGCACCUCACGGCUCUCCUGGACCAGCACAUCCACCGCCUGCAGACUGGGGAGACUGGGAGCCCG